AUGGACUCUCUUCCCAGACCCUUCACCAUCACUGUUGACGGCCAGAAGGUCGCACCCCCAGUUGAAAAUGGCGACGAUCGAAUUCACGCCACAACUGGCAACGACGCGGCCGUCUUCACCCUCAAUGACUGUCACCUCAAGUCUAAUGGCUGGUUCCUAGGCCGCUACCAGGUCGAGGAUCGGAGCCUUUUGCCCAAGCGUGUGUACUGGUUUCAGGCUGGACAAGAGGAUAGAAUCCAGCCAGUUUUUGCUGUAGAGGAGGGGGACUCGGUUGUUCUGAAAUUCGGAGGAUCGCCUCUCGUUGCUAUCGAAAGUCUCCUCUUUGCAACCCUUCUUGACGAACCCCAACAGAAGGUUGAGAUCAAUUACCAGUAG